AUGAUCACGUCGGGGCUGGUGGUGUCGGGCAUGGUCCUGCGCUCGCUCGACACGGCCCACCCGGCCUUCAUGCAGAUCUGGCUGCGCGUGCAGCCCUACCUGACGUGCCACCACCCGACCAUCCGCAGCAUCGCCCAGGCGGCCGUCGCCCGAAUCGUCGAAGCCCGGCCCGACUUUCUCCUCGGUCUCGAAGAGGGCCUGCGGCAGCAGAUCAACGCCGUGGUGCACUACCUGCAGACCAACGCCGAAUGCAAAAAGGUGCUCGACAAGCACACGGAGUGGCUGCUGCUCGAUACGUCGCCCACGUCGCAGCUCCAGCCCGAGGCCGUCCUCCACCGGAUUCCGCUGAUGGAGCUCUCGUCGUCGGGCGAGGGCCUCCGGCCGGACCUGUUCGCGCUCAUCUGCCAACGGCCCGACGAGGCCGCCCGCACGCUCUUGCUCUCGCCCGACGCCGACGCCCAACCGCAGCAGCCGCCGCCGCCGAUCGAGGGGGACUCCGUCGCGGCCAAGGCCGACGCCGCCAUCUUCCAGAAGAAGAUAACGCCGUGGAGCGUCGCCGUCAACGCGGAGCAGGAGGAGAUGGCCAGGGAGCAGGUGAUGAGUAAGCGGCGCCAGGAGCUGAUCGUGGUGGCCUCCCUGGUCGACAAACUGCCCAACCUGGCCGGCCUCGCCCGGACGUGCGAGAUCUUCGGGGCGUCGUGCCUGGCGCUGCCCUCGCUCAAGGUGACCCGCGAGGCCGUCUUCCAAUCGAUCGCCGUCACCUCCGAGAAGUGGCUGCCCCUCGUCGAGGUGGGCGAGGCCGGGCUGGUGGCGUAUCUGCGGCAGAAGCGGGCCGAGGGGUACGCCCUGCUGGGCGUCGAACAGACGUCGGGCUCCACCCUCCUCGACGCCUUCACCUUCCCCGCCCGCUGCCUCCUGCUCCUCGGGAGGGAGAAGCAGGGAAUUCCGCCGGAGCUGAUACACCUGCUGGACGCCUGCAUCGAGAUCCCGCAGCUGGGGGUCAUCCGAUCGCUCAACGUGCACGUGAGCGCGUCGAUCAUGGUGUGGGAGUACACGCGGCAGAUGCGCCAGCGACCGAAGGUCGAAGCCAACAACAAAGCCUUGCAAGGCGAAAAAUGA